AUGGAUUUCACAAAGGCAGGUGUGGCAAGGAAAUUACAACUAGAGGAGCUCGAGUGCUUGAGGAUGGAGGCAUAUGAAAAUGCCCGGAUAUACAAGAAGAAUACUAAAGCCUUUCACGAUCACCACAUCCGAAGGAAGGAUUUUCAAGAAGGUGAUGAGGUUCUCCUCUACAACUCGAGGCUGCGAUUUAUGCUUGGCAAGCUCCAUUCUAGAUGGGAAGCACCCUUCAAGGUGAAAGAGAUAAAGCCCUAUGGAGUGGUAGAAUUGUUUGACCCUCAAAGUGACACAACUUUCAAAGUGAAUGGACAUAGAGUGAAAAAGUACCAUGGCUACAAGUCACCAAAAGAAGUGGAAGUGCUCCUACUUGAGGAUGCACCAAAAGGAGAGGAAGCUUAA